AGAUGGUACAAACUGGAAUUGAUCAAGGCUGGAUCCGCAUCGGCCAUCUGGAAAUUCCAUUUUACAUCCAUGACCGACCUCUUUUUCUGCCUCUGAUCUGUUCAACCCGACGCAGCCUCCUGUACGCAGCCCGGCUUCAGGGCCGCAGGGCCGUAGCAGUGUGUUCGCCGAACUCAUUAAGGACAAGAUGCAUCAUGUGCCGUCAUAUCUAAGGGGAUGACCUUCCUACCUCAAUAUGAAGGUGAUUGCAUGCUUGUGCCGUCUGCUACUGUCUUUCUUCGCAUGUGGCUCAUACUCGGACAGGUCUCGAAAUUCCAAACUUCACAAUACAGACGUUGCAUUUGGGCUCAGUUUGACGCCUAAAUGGCGCUGCUGGAUCAUGUUCAUUGGCCAGAGCCGCAGUGAGCCUGCCCAGUCCCUGUUCAGUGCCAGUGUCGACGGCAUCGAUCCGCCUGGGGGAAGGCCAGUGGCCAAUGGGCAGCUUUUCGGCUGCGUCGUUAUCAUUCGCGACUAUUCGCAAAGAACGGGCUGCAUCAGUCGAGAGGAAGGGGGGGCGGCCAAGGGGGCCUUUUUGUCCUGCGGCUGCCCCCGCAUCCCGAGACCAUGUGAGCUCUCGGCCUGCCUAUGCCACAGAUUUAGCUCCAAUGAUGCCCAGACCACCCCUCUCUCCGGCAACCACCACUUCUGCCAUUCAACUUCCUCUUUGGCGUCAAACUCCGCCCGUUCAAACGUUAUUUUGUCCCCUGGACCAGACCCUAUGGUAGCCAAAUCUUAACCGUGAGACUGGACUUUUGGGAGGAGAGGAAAUAUAUGUAUACAUGGCAACAGAUAAAUCAUCGUCACACUACUACCGACCCGGCCCCGCAUUCUCUUGAUCCUAUGAUGGACGACGGCUCCUAUUCUUCUACCGGGCCGAUCUUCGUCCUCGCUCCCAUCGACGACGCUGCCCGUUAUGCCACCUCACUCAGCGCCAACUAUGAACACCUGCACUACGACCAAGAUAACAACCCAGUCGGUCUGCUAGUAAAUCUAUCAAGCCCCGAGAAGACAGUCUACACCUUGGGUCGUCCUGGUCCCAAUAUCGACCCGCCCGACAUCCACAUCUCUGAACCUCGACCCCGCAGGGGAUUACCGCACAUCUCUCACCUUCAUGCUUCUUUCCAGCUCGUGCCGGAGACAGGGGCGGUUCUGCUUUGGGAUUAUUCUAAUACGAGCUCAGUGAAGCCAUUUGGCGCUCCAAAUAGCUGGGGUUAUACUGUCAAAUUUCGGAGCGAAUCUUCACCGAGAUCCGUCUUGGUUGCUCGGGGUAUCAAUACUCACGUCGCGUUCGCUUCGGGCAGCAACAACACCAAGUGGUGUCAGUUCGAGAUACAAUGGCAUUCUGAGGGGAUGUAUCACUUUCACAAAGACGAACCCUACUUUGUAGGGCCGCAAGAAUCCAGAAUAAAACGUUACGUUCAACAUGAGAAAUUGGGCGGUGGCUCAUACGGUACGGUUUACUCGGCGCUAGAUGCCGAGACGGGACAGAUGAUUGCUGUCAAGAAGUUUCAUAACUUGACCGGCAAGCACUUGACAUUCGCCACCCGAGAAGUUGAUAACCUGAAGAAGAAGGCCUUGAGACAACAUCCACAUAUUUUGCGGAUUCUUGACUCGGCAGGCGGCGGUGAAAAGGACAACUGGGGCGAAAUCUUUAUGCCUCUGAAAAAAGGAAAUCUCAAGGACCUUUGCGAGACGAUCCAGACAGAAGAAGAUCGAUGGGAGCUCUCAAACCAAGUUCUGUACCAGAUUCUACUAGCCCUCAACUGCCUCGCCGACAAUGACGUUGUGCAUCGCGAUGUCAAACCGGACAAUAUCCUGUUCGACUUUGACGAGAAUGGAGACUAUCGGUUUUGCUUGGGCGAUUUCGGGCUCUCCAAUGAUCCCGAGAGGGCCAUCACUGCGGCUGGCACGGAACCUUUUAUGGCCCCUGAGAUUUGCUACAGAAAGAAACAGACAACCAAAGUCGACAUAUGGUCAUUGUUUGCCACGAUUGUCUGGAUGCGAAAUUCUGACUUCCGAGCAGCUUGCUCCCGACUUCGCGCCCCCGACCUGCACAAAUGGAUCAUUUCGAUUUCAAAAACAGAAGGCUACGAACCCAUUCGCGCCAUGGCCAGUCAUGACCCCAAGAAGCGACCGUCGGCAAAGAAACAGCUGGACAUCAUCGACAGUGGAGAGUUUGAGGAUUUUGGCGAGGAGGAAAGUGAUCCGGGGGACCUCUUGAGUGCCCAAUUUGCACAGGUCAUGUCCCUGCAAGGCGACUCAAGUCGGAGUUAUGGGUCCGUUUCGACAGGGUAUCCGACAUCACCAGAAAUGGCAUACUACGAGCCUUAUGCCUCCGGGGUUUACACGGGGUAUGGGGGAGCCGGGGGUAUGAAAGAAGGCCGCUAUGCGCCACCCCCAAUGGGGACGGCGGAGGCCCCGCGAAACCAAGGGGCCUGGGUUCGCCCGUACGACAACCCAUAUGGGCCCCCGCAGAGUCAAGACAGCGACGAGGGCACGGUUAUGCCAGAGAUCAGGACGGCGGUCCCAACAAUAGCCGAGGACGACGUCUUCGCGUAUGAGGAGUACAUGGAGGAACGAAGAAGAAUGAAGGGAAAGAACAGAAGCGGCAUAUAGCGUGUCUAAUCUGUUCUUUUAUUUUCUUUUGGCGGUUUGUUUGCAUUAUACCCACAUCAUGAUUACCAUCAUCCAUUUCCGGGCGGUUGAGAUUCGACCAGCAUCCAUGGUAGAGCGGCGCCAUCUUGACGCCCGCAGCCUGAACCGACUCUGGAACACGUUGUUAGAUACGUUACAGAAUUAUAACCAAGAUACCUAGUAAACAUGGAGACGCCGACCGUGCUGUAGCACAAGCCACGACUCGCAGCGUGGGACACGAACUAGGUACUCACUGGCACUCUGCCUCGCUGCUAAUUAUUGCGUC